GUCCUUAGACAGAUCAAUUCCCAUGGUUCGACCAGCCCCAGGUUCAGUUUAUAUAUGAACCCUAUUCACUGUAACCCUCAUCACUCUGACUCCCAUCGCUGGCCUUUUGCAGACUCUUUUCAAGACCAGAAAUGGAUGCUACUCUGAAUGGCAGCAAUCCUAUGUUCGCAGACGAAGCUGCGGACAUCGCCUUGCUCUCAAAGGACAAUAUGACGUUUCGCAUGUGCUCCAACGUCUUGUGGACGACAUCUGGAUGGUUUCGCACCCUGCUCACUCUGCCACAGGCUGCUACAAGAACCGAAUCAGUUGAUCAGAGUCCCAUUCACCUUGAUGAGCCGUCAGAUGUCGUAACAGGCCUCUUCGAAACGAUUAGCGGAAUUGGAUUACCAAAACUCGACACCCUCGAGUAUGCAGAGGCAUUGCUCAAUGCCGCAGAGAAAUACGAUAUGCCUGGGCCGCCGGCCAUUAUCAGGAAACUCGUAACGCAGCCACCACUCAUAUUACAACCUCUCCGUGUAUACGCUAUUGCGGUGCAUUGGGGUUGGCACGAGGAGAUUAAGAUCGCAACUUCACACACCCUUACCCUGGAUCUUUGCAAUCCCGAUAUUCUUAAACAAGUCCAAGGUAGCUCACUCUCUGCAACAUCGUUUUCUCGGCUGCUGGCAAUCCAUCAUACUCGUCGUACUUCAAUUCAACGAUGCCUCACAGACAAUGGUGUAUUCACUGCCAAUUCUUCCCCGCCUUGCAGAAAGUGCCAAGCAAGUAAUUCUCACGAAGCUUGGCGUACCUUUAAGAUUACCUGUAUGCAAGAGGCAGAGAGUCGCCCCUUUGGCGAGAAGCUCACGAUAUCUGAUAUUCUGGAACGUCCUCGCGGCUUGUUCCUGUGGUCAACCCCUUUAUCAGGCCCGAACGACCCUGGAAGCACUCGCAACGAUGCUUAAACUGCUUGAGGAUUUGGUGAACAAGAUCGAGGUAUGAUCUAUAGUCAUUACGAGUCCCUUGCUACUGUCUGAGGGAUCGAGUCACUUUGUGCAGGUUUAGACAUCACGAGGCGCUUUGCUGUUUACUUCAAUGAAUAAAUUGAUGGGCUAUAAGAAUUCCGGUCGUUGGCGAGGUGAAUAAGCGGGCAGAGGCUGUUCUGCCUUGUUCUUUUUAGCUUCAUAAUAGCAGGUAGCUUUCAGAAACAGUCAGACCUGCGGGGGAUGACGUAUGAGGGAGUGGAGCUUGUGGAGAUGAGGUUGUACCUUCAGGUCUUUGGGCAUCUCGUUUAAGAUUGCCAUGAUUCUUUCAAAAGUAGUUCGAGCACUACACAGGAGCCAUCUCUAAUCACUUCGUGCAAUGAGAUUAUCUAAGAACGCUGAUCGUUCAUGAGUAU